GCCAGUAACAGCACGAGCAGCGGUACGGUACAAACCGGUAACAGUACGAGCAGCGACACGGUAAAAGCGGGUAACAGUACUGGCAGUGGUAAGAGCAAGCCUAGUAACGGUGCGAGCAGCGGAACGGUGAAAACCAGUGACAGUACGAAUAACGGUACGGUAAAGGCGGGUAACAGUACGGGCAGCGGUACGAGCAAGCCCAGAAACAGCACGAGCAGCGAUACGAUACAAACCGGUAACAGUACGAGCAGCGGUACGGUAAAGGCUGGUAACAGUACUAGCAGUGGUACGAGCAGGGCUAGUAACAGUACGAGCGGCGGUACCGUGAAGCCCAGUAGCAAUACAACCAGCGGUAGCGAAAAGGCCAGCGGUAUGGUAAAUGCGAGUAUUAGUACAAAUGCCAGUAACAGUACGAGCAACGGUACGGUAAAGACCAAUGGCAAUACGAGCGGUAGUACGGCAACAACCAGUAACGGUGGGAGCAGUGGUACGAGUAUGACCAGAAACGAUACAAGCAGCGGUACGAAUAAUGCUGUUAACAGACCCAGCAACGGUACCGUUAAGGCCAGUAACAGUACGAGCGGCAGUACGAACAAGGCCAGUAGCAACGGUACGUUAAGCCGUAACAGUACAAACAGCGGUACGAACAAGGCCAGUAGCAACGGUACGUUUGGCGGUAACAGUACGAACAGCGGUUCGAGCAAGGCGCGUAACAAUACGACCAGCGGCACGGUAAAGGAAAGUAGUAGCUCCGGCAAGAACAUCAGCAGCACAAGCAGCGGCGAGGAAAAGGGUGGCGGGAUCUCAGGCGGGGCGAGCAGCGGAAUCAACGGCGAAAAAAACGCAGGUGGGAAAACCGGCGGAGAGACGAGCGGCAGUGGCGGCGGCACGGCUGAAGCGGCGUCCGCAUCCGUGGGAGGGUGCGAUGUGGCCAAAGGAAGAUGGGUGCCGUCACAUGAACCACCUCCGUACACGGGAUUCACAUGCACAACGCUGCGGGCGUACGAGAACUGCCAGAAAAACAAGCGCCCCGACUCCACUUACCUCAACUGGCAGUGGCAGCCCGACGACUGCGACUUGACAAGGUUCGACCCAGCUGCAUUUGCAAGCCGCUUCAGAAACAAGGUGCUUGGCAUUUCAGGCGACUCCUUCUCCUCCAACUUUGGUAGCUCUAUCCGCUGCAUCAUCGCCUCCUUCACCACCACCAAGGACUUCACGUCCACGUGGUACGGGCAGGAUGUGCGCGGGUACAAGGUGCCGGCGUACAACAUCACCUUCCUCUCGCUCUCUGCCGUCUUCCUAGUUGACGCCACGCCCAUGGGUGCUGCCAAGAGCAGUGGCACCUGGAAAAUUCACCUGGACAAGCCCAAGGAGGUUUGGGCAUCCGUGCUUCGCUUCCUGGACAUCUUCAUCUUCAACACUGGCCAUUGGUUUGUAAAU